UGGUUUCAUUUACUGUAAGACACACUUGAAAUUCAGUUUUUUACACUUGCAUCUCUGCUGUUAUGGUUUCCAUCAGUGGCUUCCCACAAGAUCUUAAGUGUGUGAUGUGAAAGAUGAUUUGGAUCCAAUACCUUGCUUUUUUGUGGGCUCUAGUCAUCACGCAGAUUGGAUUUGCUCGCAGUGAGAUUCGCUUCUUGAAGCAGCAUGAGGGUGAAUCUGUCGUUCUUCCCUGUGAGAUUGAACAGAGGGACCCAGCGCCCUGGGGAGUCUACCUGAAACGCACCUGGCUGAAUAAUAAAGACGUGCUGUUUAAAUACACCAAGGAAGAUUUUACAGUUGGCAAUUCUGCUGACAAAAGCCGCAUUAGUGUCAGUGGAGACCCGAGCUUUCAUUCUCUGAAUAUCACGAUCUCUCAGCUGAAGGCCAACGACACAGACCGCUACUACUGCGAGUUUGUCGUGGAAAAUCCGUCCUCUGCAGAUGAAAAGAUACCCUCAAAGACCGAAUACUUCCUCCUUGUUGGUGCUGAUGUCCCUGAGUCAGUGGACACUUAUCCAGAGCACGUGAUAGAGAGAUGUGCUGGGGGUUCAGCGGUACUCCCCUGCCUCCCCGAACGUGGGGAAGGCUUGGCCGUGGAGGGGGUGAUUCUAAAGAGGCAGAAGGGUCGGGGACCUGUAGAGCAGCUGUACAACUCAAAGCAGCACCACAGCGGCAGCCGUUCUUCCUCCUCCUCUCAGUUCCCUGUUGAGAGGGUCCAGUUGUCCUCUGCGCCCAGCCCCGGCGGCAUCGCCUACAACCUCACCCUGCAGCAGCUGCAGCCAGACGACAGUGCUUUGUACAGCUGCCAGCUGCUUCUGCACGGUCAACCCGAUAGCAGCACCAGCCUAGGGAGACGUGUAUUCUUUAUUUCUGUACAAGGUGGUCAUUGGUGCGGUUGCUCCAGUUACUCCUCUCUGCUGUACGUUUUGUCAUCAGCUGUGGGCGUUCUCCUCCUCCUCCUGCUCCUCACUGGAUGUGUGUUAUGUAAAGGCAAAGCACGCCACAAAGCACGCCGCAAUGCGAAGUCACAUAGUCCAGCGCCUAUCUAUGAGGAGAUGAAGUCUCCCAGUCAAAAAGAGGCCCCUCUCCGUCUUAAGGAAAUGGGGUGCUCCGAGUACAGAGACAGCCCAGCGAAGAGAUCCUCGUCAGAGAACCACUAUGAAACUCCAAGAACAGCUCUCAACAGCGUCAGAAUCUAGAGCGACUUGUCAACUCAGCUUUUCAAGACACUCGCAACUCCAGUUAGCACACAGAAGAAAAUGUUGCAGUUGGACAUUUGUGCAUGAACUUGGGUGGUGGGGGUCAGUUCACUUUCUGGUUUGGCGUAAAUAUUUUUCUGGCUAUGUGCAUCUUUUGUAAUAUUUUAUUGAUCUGCUGUAAUAAAAUCCAUCUUGAAAUUCAA